CCUGCCGGGCGGGGCCGCUUCCCGCCACGCCGGGCGCCGCCAUGGCGGACUGGGGGCGAGGACAGAAUGCGGUUGCCAUGGAGGAUAUGCUGGACGUGGAAAACAAGCGCAUGGCAGAGAGCCUGGCCAGCAAAGUCACCAGGCUGAAGUCGCUGGCUCUGGAUAUUGAUAAAGACGCAGAUGAACAAAACCGAUACCUGGAUGGCAUGGAUUCAGAUUUUAUGAGUGUGACAGGCCUGCUGACUGGCAGUGUGAAGCGUUUCACCACCAUGACACGGUCUGGGAGGGAGAACCGCAAGUUACUCUGCUUUGUUUCUAUAGGACUGAUUGUUGUUUUCUUCAUCCUCUACUAUCUUGUGUCCAAAGUGGGGACUUGAUCUUGGUUCUUGUGCAGCAGUUUCACUGAACUAAAAUUACGUGAUUGACA